AUGGAUGACUGGAAAAGUCGACUUGUAAUCGAGAGCAUGCUUCCCCAUUUCAACAUGGUGGGAAAUCGUCAGGAGCCCAGAAAGCUCCAGGAAUCGGGAACCAUAAAGAGAAGGCAGGAAGGAGACAACUUCCAGUAUCCGGGCAUGGCUGAUGGUGGUUACCCUAAUAAAAUUAAGAGGCCCUGCCUUGAAGAUGUCACCCUUUCUCUGGGCUCCGGUGCCCAUCCCAGUACCCUUUGUGCAGACCUGCAGGUUCCUACAAUGACAAUGAAUCCUAGCUCUGUGGCCAUGGGUGUAUCUGGCCAAUCACUACUGCUUGAGAAUAAUCCGAUGGAGAAUCAUCCCAUGAAUGGCGGUGUGAUGGGUUCACCAUAUGAAGUGUCAUCAACUGUAGAAACAGGGCCAAAAGAGCCCACGGUUCCUUACUAUGACAAAAUGAACAGUAUGCCUGCUGUGGACCAGGAACUUCAAGAUCUCCUGGAAGAGCUAACGAAAAUUCAUGAACCUUCUUCAAGUGAUCUUGAUCUUGAGAAGAUUCUGGGAAGCAAGCCAGAAGAGCCACUGGUGUUACACCAUCCUCAGGCACCUGUAGGAGCUCCACCCAAGCUUCCGGUUCCGAUGCCACACAUAGAGAGCCUUGCUUCCAGCAAGGAGUUUGCUUCUAGUUGCAGCCAAGUCACUGGCCCAUCGCUUCCAGUGCUGCCCUCCUCCACAGGCAUAAACUAUUCGAUUCCUUGUACCAGUAAGCAGAUGGUCUCACCCAGUCCUUCAACAGCACAGGUGCAGGCCAAGAACCAGGUCCAAGCUAUGCUCCCUGUGACUUUGCCCCAAUUACAGGUGUCUCAGUGGCAUCAUGCUCACCAGCUGAAAGCACUGGCAGCCAGUAAGCAGGGAUCUGCUACCAAGCAGCAAGGACCCAACCGCAAUUGGUCUGGCCUGCCUCCUCCAGGCCUUUCCCCACCUUACCUCCCAGUACCGUCACCACACCCACCACCACCACCGCCACCACCACCUCCACCUCCACCUCCGCCGUUCAGCCCUCAGAACUUCACAGCAUCGUGCAUGGCCUCCAACAGCAUGGCCUCCAACAGCAUGUCGGCCAGCACUCUGCAAGGUUCGCCCAAUGCCUUACUCUCCAGUGUGGUACCCAGCAGCAGUGCUGCCCUUGGGCCCACCUUGCCCUACACUCCUGCCAAGCUCCCCAGCCUGGCUCUCAGUCAGCAGCCACAGUUCAACCCUCAGAGCUCCAUUCUUGCCAACCUAGUGUCCUCUACCAUCAAAAGCCCUCAAGGACACUUGAUGUCUGCUCUGCCUACCAGCAACCCGGGGCCAUCCCCACCAUAUCGUCCAGAGAAGCUCUCCAGCCCAGGCUUGCCACAGCAGUCCUUCACUCCACAGUACUCUCUCAUCCGGAGCCUCACUCCCACCAGCAGCCUGCUAAACCAGCAGCAGCAGCAUCAACACCAACAGCAGCAGCAACAGCAGCAGCAGCAACAACAACAGCACCACCACCGCCACCACCACCACCACCACCAUCAAGCGAAUGCCAUGUUCAAGCCUAUGACCAGCAAUCAGCAACCCAAAACCCUGAGUAUGAUCAUGCACCAGGGGCUGGUGAGCUCCAGCCCAGAAGCCGCCGAGCCAUUUACCUUUGGCAACACCAAGCCCUUGUCCCAUUUCACAUCUGAGCCGAUCCCCCAGAAGAUGCCCUCCAUGCCUGCUACCUCCAGGCAGCCUUCCCUGCUUCACUACCUGCCUCCAGGAAACCCAAUACAGGCCUCUUCUGCCACUGCCUCCUCCACCACCACUGCCACCUUACAACCACAGCAGCCCGAUCAUCCUUCAUUCCUCCUGCAGCACAUGAUGCAGCAGCAACCGCAGCGUUUCCAGCGCUCAGUAGCCCCAGAUCCCAUGCCUGCUCUGCCCAGACAGCAAGAGAAGCAGAGAUCAGGUCUUACGGCAAUGACCCCUAAACAGUGGAGUGAGCAUAUCGCCCAGCAAAUGAGUCCAUUGCAAGCCGUCCAAGAACAAGUCACCUCCAAGUGUAGCCAGACCAAGGCAACCUCCCCAGCCAGCCAGAAUCUGAUGCCACCCAAAACUGGGGUCCUUCUGAACAAUCUGAGUCCAGGAAUAAUGCCAUUCACCAGGCACCAGAGUCCAAAUGGCAUGGGUAUGAUCUCAUCAACUCUGAGGAAGCAGCAAGGAAUAUUCAACUGCAGUCAUCAAUAUCAUAUAAUGUCCAGCUCGGGCCACUCCCCCUUUGACAGUCUUGGCUCUGUGUGCCAGCAUCUACAGAGUCCCAAGGCCAAUUCCCCAGGAGUGCCCCUGAGCAAGUUCCAUCCCAGGCCUCCCACCAGCCAAGCUCUAAGUCUCCACCAGCGCAGGCUACCCCAUGUGGCAAGAAUACCCACUGUGUUCAACAGUGCUACAUGGGUGGUGGCAGCGGUAUCUGAGACCACAGUGGUUUCAAAUGUAGAUAACAGCACCCACCAACCUGUGGGUAGCAAUUCCAUUUUUGCCAAGGCACCUGUGAGCGUGCCCCCACAUGCGCCGACAUUUCCACUGCAGCAAACGGCGAUACAGCCCAAUCAGGUGGCCCCAAGAGGCAGGCCUGGCCAGAAGGUGAGUAGUGCCCUGGCCAAUGCCAGUUUUGGCCUGUUGGGCAACCACAAUCUCCAACAGAGUCCAGUGCAGGGCCCUGUGCCUGUGCUGAGCACCCCCACGGCCCCCCAGCCAGGCACAGCCCACUCUGCUCCCAUGAGUCCAAUUCAGGCCAUUGAGCCACCAAGCUAUAUGGCCACUAUCAUGGCCACCACUGCUGCUGCUUCUGCCAUUGCCGCUAGCCACUCCUUGGGUCCAUACAAUAGAAUGGAUACAGCCCCUGAGCUGCUACCUGAUAACUUCCCGCUCCAGGACCAGCCCCCAGGGAAUGGUUCGACUUUGCCCCCUGACUGCAAUGAGGUAGAUCUCAUGGAAACUCUCAUGAAAGACCCCAGUGUGGGUAUAAAUGAAGAUUGGAUGUGUGACUUAAAGCUGAUUGAUGAUAUUUUGGAACAGCAUUAUGCUGCCCAUAAUGCCAGAGGCCAGAAUGCUGGCCAACUCACCCAGGGUUCUGGGGAGCCUUAAAUCAGAGUAGGAUACUCCCAGAACCUCCGCCCCCCUACCCCACGCUGCUAUGGUCUGAACCCACAGCAAAUUCAUAACUGGUUCCAGGCAGUCACACUUCACCCCUCCGCACAAUUUGAGUAGUGUUGGCCUUGUCCAUCCAUCUCUCUUCUCUCUACGAAAUAGCAAGCUGGUGAUUUUUCAAGCUACUUGUACAUAUUUGAAAAUUUUGUAAAUGGUUUUCCUAAACAUUAAUGACAGAAGUAUUUAUACUUGGUUUUGUGACUUUGUAAAUAAAGUGACGGCUUUGGUUUCAAUUGGGUUGUGUUCAUUCUGCAUUGUUUUGUGUUUAUUAUGCAUUGUUACAAAUACGCAGACUGUGUUGUUGGCUCUAGUGAUGCUUUGUUAAGCCAGGUGGAUGAGUCACUAUGGUUAUGAUAUGAUGAGUGACGUAUGUUUGUGUGUAUGUGCGCACGCGCGCGUGACCAAGGGAUAUUUGCAAACUGACAAAUGCCAAAUAGAAAACCACUUGGUCAUUCAUUUCCAUUUUCCUUAAAAAUUCAAUCACCGCGUGUGACUCUUAAUCUCUUUUGCAAACCUUUCGAUCUCUGCUAGCUCUUUCCUGAUGAGCAUUUUAUAGCAUUACAGCUUUGCAUUGUUAAGUGUCCCAGAGACACUGGUAGUUGGGUGAGAGUGUCCUUUCCAAUUAGGUAAGGUGCAGAAGUGACAGAGGUGGCUGGGAGUUGAGCCCUAGCAGAGCUGUCUACCUGAAGGGCUGCACUCAUUCAUAAGGAAAGAAAGCUCCAGCCCCACACAGCUUCGGUGCACCCCCUGGCCGGCAAAGGGGAUCCUGUCCUGCUCUAUAGUCUGCUUUAAAGUCCUUUGCAUUCAAUUUGAUGUAAAGCUCUGUGGUUUGGGGCAAACAUUUGUAAACAUUAAUCAUUGAUUUGGGCUUUGUCUUUGAUGGUUUCUAUCUGCGAUUAUUGUCAUGUAUAUUUAAGUGUCUGUUAUAGAACACCCACAUCCACUGUCCUGUAAACUUUUCUCAUUGUCCAGAUCUUUGUGUAAUCGUAUUUUAAUUGCCACCUUGUAUUUUGAUUCUAUAUUUGCAAUCUGGCGCGUUUCCAGCCAGCACUGUUUUUUUUUUCUUUGUUCUGUA